ACCCCCGCCUGUGCAGCACCUCGCGGGCGCAGGGCUCCGGAGACUCCGGCAGACCGUGUACGUGGACCAUGGCCUCGGUGCAGCCCCGGCUCCCAGAGCGGGUGGCCACGGCUCGGAGCCUGGCCCGGGGCUGCUGGUCCGCGUUCUUGGACUACGAGACGCCCAAGGUGAUCGUGGUGCGAAAUCGGCGCCUGGGAGUCGUGUACCGCGCAGUGCAGCUGCUCAUCCUGCUUUACUUCGUGUGGGUUGCCUCGGGAGCCCGCGCCGCCCUGUCCCGCAGGUACGUGUUUAUCGUGCAGAAAAGCUACCAGGACAGCGAGACAGGUCCGGAGAGUUCCAUCAUCACCAAAGUCAAGGGGAUCACCGUGUCGGAGCACAAAGUAUGGGAUGUGGAGGAAUACGUGAAACCCCCUGAGGGGGGCAGUGUGUUCAGCAUCAUCACCAGGAUCGAGGUCACGCCUUCCCAGACCCUGGGAACAUGCCCAGAGAGUAUGAAGAUUCACAAUUCCACCUGCCAUUCAGAUGACGACUGCGUGGCUGGAGAGCUGGAUAUGCUGGGCAGUGGGCUUCGGACAGGGCGCUGUGUGCCCUAUUACCAUGGGGACUCCAAGACCUGUGAGGUGUCAGCCUGGUGUCCUGUGGAGGAUGGAUCUUCUGUCAGCCAGUUUCUGGGUAAAAUGGCCCCAAAUUUCACCAUCCUUAUCAAGAACAGCAUCCACUACCCCAAGUUCAAGUUCUCCAAGGGCAACAUUGCGAGCCAGAAGAAUGACUAUCUGAAGCACUGCACAUUUGAUCAGGAUUCUGACCCAUACUGUCCCAUCUUCAGGCUGGGCUUCAUUGUAGAGCAGGCGGGGGAGAACUUUACAGAGCUGGCACACAAGGGUGGUGUCAUUGGGGUCAUCAUCAAUUGGGACUGUGACCUGGACUUGUCUGAAUCAGAGUGCAACCCCAAGUAUUCUUUCCGGAGGCUUGACCCUAAGCAUGCUGCGGCCUCCUCAGGCUACAACUUCAGGUUUGCCAAGUAUUACAAGAUAAAUGGCACUACGACCACUCGCACACUUAUAAAAGCCUAUGGGAUCCGAAUAGAUGUUAUUGUGCACGGACAGGCAGGGAAGUUCAGUCUCAUUCCCACCAUCAUUAAUCUGGCCACUGCUCUGACUUCCAUUGGUGUGGGAUCCUUCCUGUGUGACUGGAUCUUGCUAACAUUCAUGAACAAAAACAAAGUCUACAGCCAUAAGAAAUUUGACAAGGUGUGUACUCCAAGGCACCCCUCAAGCAGCUGGCCUGUGACCCUUGCCCUUGUCUUGGGCCAGGCCCCUCCCCCACCUAGUCACUACUCCCAGGACCAGCCACCCAGCCCACCAUCUGGCAGAGGGCUGACCUCAGGACAAGGGGCAGAUCAACCCCUGGCUGUCCAGCCCCCGUGGCCUUGCCCCAUCUCUGUCCCACCUGAGCAGAUGGUGGACACUUUCAAUCAGCAUAUAAGAGAAAGGCUUCCUGUUCCUGAGCCUUCCCAACAGGACUUCUUACCCACGAACCCUAAAGGUCUGGCCCAACUCUGACCUCAUCCUCACUAAGCUACAGACCCAGACGGGCUCAGUGACAGAGGUUCCUCCACCUCACUCCCAAACCCCUCAUAGAACCCCUUAUC